GUGCCUGGGUAACAGCCACAGAUCUGCCUGAUGUUCUGAACAACCUGAAAUUUAACCUUUCCCGCAACACAAGGGGCCGCUGCAGGUACACACCUCAGGUUGCAGCUCUGGCGUGGGGUCAGGAUGUGAAACGCAACUUUCCCAGCCCUGUCUACCAUUACGACUAUGUGCUGUGUGCCGAGGUGGUUUAUCAUCACAAAUUUGUAGACGAUCUAUUGAACACCAUGCAAUACUUCUGCAAGCCAAGCACCACCAUAAUAUGGGCAAACAAGGUGCGAUUUGAGUCUGACCUGCGUUUCAUUGAAAAUUUCAAAAACAUCUUUAACACCACAUUGUUGGAAGACAUCCCGCAAGAGGAGGUAAGGAUCUACCAAGCCACAGCAAGGAACUGA